AUGUAUGGUGAGAUUGUGCUCGGUUUUUCUGGGCUGUAUGGUGAUAAUGGGAUUGAUCAGACGAUUAAGAAGAAAAAUAUUCCACGAGCCGACAUUCAGCGUAUCAGAAGCCAUAUUCUGGAAAUGGUUGGACUGCCAAAGCGUGAACACUUUCACCAUAAAGUUCAUCACAAUCGAUCAACUGCAAGGAAAUCGCAUAAAUCGGUGCCAAAAUUUUUAUGGAAAAUCUAUGAGCGGUUGAGUGAAGACGAAGAUGAACGAUUACACCUCAAGCAAAAUCGGUUGAAUGAGGAAAACGACGGAUUCACCGAUGAACAUGAUAGAAUCAUCGAACUGAGUGACACUAUUAUGACAUUUAUGAAUAAUCGUAAUGCAUUUCCAAAUCCUGAAAAUGAAACUCGCUUAUCGUUCGAUCUAUCUGGGGCACAUUUAAAUGGAAUCGAGCUAAUGAUGAGUGAAUUGCAUCUAUUUAAACGACAACUGCCGGAAAAACAUUUUGCUUCGAAUCCAUGCGUGAUUACUAUUUAUGCGCUAACUUUUCCGAAUGGUGUUAAAGAGUUACAUGCGAUUCAAACGGCCGAAACGACCGUCGGCUUCGAAGGAUGGAUUCAAAUCAAUACCACAUCAACGUUCAGGGAAUGGUUGACCGAGAAAAAGUCAAACAAUAUGCUGUACAUAACAGUUGAAUAUGAAAAUGAAUUGGGUCAUCUUGACACUCCAUCCAUCAGUGUGAACUAUCUGCUGAGCUAUACGGAUGGAGAACGUUUGCCAUUCAUUACUGCCUACUUCGAAAAUAACGAAACGAACGGUCAUGUUUUGAAGCACGGGUCUCUAAAGCAAUUGCCCAGUGCUACCACGCACCGCCGUUCGAAGCGUAGUACCCGCUCCUUGAAGCCGAAGAAGCCGAAAAAUUCGAAAUCAUCGUCACGAGUAAAUCAUUUGUUGCACCCAAAGAAAUCGACCAGUUUUAAAGGGUGCUCAAGACAUACGUUGUACAUCACAUUCAAGCAAUUACGAUUUGAUGAUUGGAUUUUUGCGCCGGCUGGCUAUGAAGCCUAUUAUUGUGCUGGAUCUUGUGAUUUUCCGUUUUCUCAUCAUGUCGAAGUGACCCGUCAUGCAGUUCUUCAGGAGUUAGCUCAUCUAAUGAUAAGUCAUACCAUACCAAAGCCUUGCUGUGCACCAUCCAAAUUACAACCCGUAAAACUGCUGUACGAACAAAGUGAAAAUAAUUUUUCGAUUAAAAAGUACCGUGGCAUGAUUGUUACCAAAUGUGCGUGUCAAUAGAACCACAUGCACGACACGAAGUUUGCUAUUAGGUAGGACAAAAGGAAAAAAGCAAUUCAAUUUA